CUACACAAUUCAAUUAAGAACUUAUGUAGACACUUUCGGCGAGUUCCACAUCCCAUCGACGUGUUCCACAACCCAUCAUAUAGGAUUUUGGGCAAAAAAGAGAUGAAUACUACCGAAGAGAAAGCGUCAACGGGGACCAAAACUGUUUCUGAAUUUUUGAAAUCCAUUCGGGAAUGGUGGUUAAGCUAUAUUAUGGAGUUGAAUAUAGAGGUCAUAUUGUUCCCUCUCUUAGGCUAUUCACCUUCCAUGACUUACUUUUUUCCUUCCACUCUCUAUGGUUUCAUUUUAAUCACUCAAACUGGUUGGUCUUCUUGCUGACUUCCUGAAAAUAUAUGCGUUUUGGUUCUUUGUGUCUGAUUCUUGUGAGUAGAUGCCUAGAAGUGGUAGUUUAUUUCAUUUUGCUUAAAUCGGUUGAACCCGCAUCAUACCGGAUCAAACCGAUAUUUGGACCAGACCAUAUUGAACGGAAUAUAUCAUAUGUCCUUGGUUUUAUGAAUUUUAUAAAUACAAAAGAAAAAUGGACAGGAAUGACAUUUGGAUCGGACCUAAUGCAAGAUUGAUUCGAUACAUGAAAUUAAAAAGUCUUUCACCCCCAUGAGCUGGCUUGGCUUCCACCCCCUGCAGAUUGGAUCGUCAUCAAUUCGGACGGGUCCGUCAAGCAACCCAACUCGGAGGCUGCUGCAGGCGGGCUGCUUCGCAACCAUCUGGGCCGCUGCUUUGGAGCUUUCGUCACCAACUUAGGAAGAUGCUCCAUCACUAGAGCGGAGAUCAUCGGGGCGCUCACUGGUCUACAACUCGCAUGGGAUCAAGGCCAUAGGAAGGUCCUCCUUCGACUAGACUGUACAGCAGCGCUGAACAUCUUAACAGGGAAGGAUCAAGUUAGUAGGCGUUAUCACAACCUCAACAGGCGUUUCCAGAACCUUUUACAGCGUAAUUGGGAGGUUCAUCUCUCUCAUUCCUACCGCGAAUGUAAUAAAGCGGCGGACUACCUGGCUAAUAAAGGCCAUGGUUUUAGCUUAGGCACUCAUGCUUUUGACAUUUCGGACCCGGGUCUCAAUUUUUGGACUCUGUAUGACACUAUGGGGAUUACCCAAGAUCGGUUAAUUUAAGGUUGGGGCGCCCUUCUAGCGUCCCAUUUUCUACCAAAAAAAAAGUCUUUCACUAUUAAACCGCAAUACUUAUGAAUUUGGAUCGAACCUUUGUACACCCUUACCCUUGCAAACCGACUUAUAACUUAAUCCCGUUUGACACGAUGCAAUGUUGGAGUUAGCCUUCCCCUUCCAUCGCCAGCCAAAACUAAUAAGUAAUAAUAUAAUUAACACCCUGUCAAAAAGAAAAAGAAAACUAAUAAUUAACACACGUCAGAGAGACCAGAUCAAGUUUUAUUUCACGAGACAUCUCUCUCACUCGGGCUUCCCUGUUCUUCCGCUUCCUCCGUGCCGAAGGAGAAACAUGGGAAAUUAGGCUUUGUUUACUAUUCGUCUCUGUCUACUCUUCGCCUUUGGCAGACUUUUCUCGAUUCCAACCCUCCUCGUCCUCCAUCCCAACCUGCAACUGUAAGCCUUCUCUCUCAAUACCCAUCUUCGCCUUUCCUUUCCCGAGAAAGAGACGAGAGGAGUAAAUAAUCAGAACAUAGCCAGGGAAAGUUUUGGAUUCAAUUUUGAAUCUGCUCUCCUAUCAUUCCCGGUCCUGCCCUGCCCUUCCCAUUUUGAUUCUUAAUUAGAUUCUGCGGCUCCUCAGAUCCGGUAGCAAGAUGAUUGCGAUUCCCUACUUGACGGCGUUGAGCACCUACUUCAGCUACGGCCUGCUCUUCGCUUUCGGCCAAUUGCGUGAUUUCUUCCGGAAGAUCGUUGAUUGGUGGCGCGCCAGCACCCUUGACGGAUAUGCACCCAUCUGUUUAGGGCUCGAAGACUUUUAUAUUCGACGCUUGUAUCUUCGGAUUCAGGACUGUUUUGGACGACCAAUAUCUAGUGCUCCUGAUGCUUGGUUUGAUGUUGUUGAGCGUUACUCGAAUGACAACAACAAGACGUUGAAACGAACUACCAAGACAAGCAAGUGUCUCAACUUGGGUUCCUACAACUAUCUCGGCUUUGCAGCAGCCGAUGAAUAUUGCACUCCCCGUGCCAUCGAGUCCCUAAAGAAGUUCGCGGCAAGUACCUGCAGCACUCGUGUUGAUGGGGGAACUACGAUGUUGCAUACUGACUUAGAGGAAUGUGUUGCGAGGUUCGUUGGGAAGCCUGCUGCCGUGGUAUUUGGGAUGGGUUAUGUGACAAACUCUGCCAUUCUCCCUAUUCUGAUGGGGAAGGGAGGGCUAAUAAUUAGUGAUUCUUUGAACCAUAACUCCAUUGUUAAUGGUGCUCGAGGCUCUGGGGCAACAAUACGUGUUUUCCAACAUAAUACUCCAUCUCACUUGGAGACAGUGUUGAGAGAGCAGAUUGCGGAAGGGCAGCCCAGGACACAUAGACCUUGGAAGAAGAUAAUGGUUAUUGUGGAAGGUAUUUAUAGCAUGGAAGGGGAACUGUGCAAACUGCCCGAGAUUGUUUCAAUUUGCAAGAAAUAUAAGGCCUAUGUGUACCUAGAUGAGGCUCACAGCAUUGGAGCUGUUGGGAAAUCUGGGAGAGGUGUCUGUGAACUCUUAGGAGUGGAUACUGCAGAUGUGGAUGUCAUGAUGGGAACUUUUACAAAAUCAUUUGGAUCUUGCGGGGGUUAUAUUGCUGGAUCAAAGGAACUUGUACAAUAUCUCAAGUACACUUGUCCAGCUCAUCUGUAUGGAACAGCAAUAUCACCUCCUGGCGCCCAACAAAUAAUCUCUUCGAUAAAGGUCAUUCUUGGAGAAGAUGGUUCUAAUAGAGGGGCCCAAAAACUUGCUAGAAUUCGUGAAAACAGCAACUUCUUCAGAUCGGAAUUGCAGAAAAUGGGUUUCGAGGUUCUGGGGGAUAAUGAUUCUCCCGUAAUGCCAAUAAUGCUCUACAAUCCAGCCAAAAUCCCUGCAUUCUCCAGGGAAUGUCUAAGGCAGAAGGUGGCUGUAGUCACAGUUGCUUUUCCAGCAACUCCUUUGCUUUUGGCGAGAGCACGUAUAUGCAUAUCCGCUGCUCAUACUAAGGAAGACCUUGUGAAAGCCCUGGAGGUUAUCAGCGGAGUUGGCGACCUUGUGGGCAUCAAGUACUUCCCAGCUGAACCCAACAAGCAACACCAAGAGCAUGGUACCAUCAAGUUGGAGUAACCAAGGAACUUACAACGAUGUUGCAGCAGUUGUCUUUUGCUUCCAUAUCAGCGACUGAGAUGUGUAACCGAGUACUGGUUGUAUUCCGUACUUCUGCAAGAGUUAGCUACGAGCGAUAUUGUUCCGGGGCAUUUCAGAAUUGCUCGUGCAUUGUUUAGUUUUCUUGUACCCUCCAGGGAUUUUUUACGGUCUUCUGUGCAUUCUCUGAUUAUUCUCUUUCUAGUUCCCCAUAUACAGCAGUUCUCCCUAUGAAAUUCCUUCCGACUUUGUUUGUCCAUUACAGAAAAUAACGGUGCAUAAUUUUCGCCCAAGAUUCAGAGCUUCAUUGAAAACACCUCGUUUAGCACCAACUUUACAAGCUAAUGCGAGCCAACUGAACCUAAAAUUUGCUCGGAAAAUACAGUUUCAGCAAAGGCAAUAUCAACUACUUAGCAUAACCUAGAGAACAACCGAGCGAGAUAACGGAAUGGAGGUGUUUCCUAACAUAACAGAGAACAGACAUCUCAUUAACACAGACAUCAUGAAGCCUAGAUACACUUCCUCUUUUGCAAGCAACUCUGAUUAAAGAAGCUUUGCUAGAGUUCAAGGCAAGGCAAAAUGCAUUAAUGAGGCACCUCCCAGCACAGCCACAUGAGACGCAAUGAGAUUGAUGGCUUUUCUGCCCUCUGCCAACCAAUGUCCAUUCAAUCGCCACAACUUUGAAGGCAAACCAAACACAGAUUCGGGCACACAUACAAAAACUUAUGGAAAUGGCAACUUUAUUCGGGCCAACUUCCCACCAUUGAUCACAAGCCAAGACAGCAGAAAUUGGAUUCGAAACAGUAGGGCAUGUUCUGAUUCGUAAUCAAGGACAACUCAGCCGAACUAAUAACUUAUCUCAGAGAAAUUGACCAACUCCAUGUCCAUGCUACUUGUAGAGUUGCACUGAACAAAAAAAAAUGCAUUCA